AUGCCAGAGUUUGGCACCCAAGUGUACUGGCACAACAUCCCGGCCUGUCCGCCUCCGUGGAAAGACGAGGAGGAACGCGCACGCACGUGGCGCAUUAGCCAACACAUCGUCGGGGCUAUCAGCGACCAGCGCCACCUGUUGGAGCCGCCUCGGGCGGAGAUCUUGGCAAAACGUCUUCUGGGGCGUUUUGCCCCAAAACGGGUGCAUCGCUACUGGGGCAUUGUUUGCGAGCCAUAUCUUUCUCCGCUAAAUGGACUCAACAUGGUGAUGAGCGAGCUGCAGGUGCGCCCCAUCGCGAUUGAAGAGGCGAAGGAGGCCGUCAACGUUGUGUGUGAAGAGUACAACGCCAUGACGCAGCAGCAGCAAAAAAGUAGACAGUCAGGGAUACUCUCGCAAGGAGGGGUGAAGACGGAGAUAUCGACACAACAGAGCAACACCGCGGCGAUGGAUCUGCGCGAGGCCCCAUUGCUCCAGGUAGUAAAAAUAUUAUGCGCCUCACGCGGGCUGGAGGUGUCGUCUUUUAGUAGGGCGGAGCUUCGAAGCAAGGGCCGUCUUGGUGUAGCGGAUUUGUUGCCUCGAAGACGUGUUAUUAUGGCCUUUGACCGCAGCAAACCGAAGUUUGUCUUUGCAACAGCAGUGUCCGUGAAGAAGAAGAAGGACGCGGAAAAAUCGACGGUGUGCUACAUCCAGCUUGUCGCGCCGACCUCAAAUCCCGUUCCGUGGCGUCAGCUUCUAAAAAGGGAAAUCCCAUAUCUUCCGCCGAACGAAUGUGUGGUGGUGGCGGUUCAGCGGCAUCACGACGACGAAGAAUACGAUGAUGAUGAUGGUGAUGAAAAAAAAAGCGGCGAUGAUGGGCCAUACUUGGGCGAUGCAAACGUGAGAAGUGAAGUUCUGUUGGGGGGCAAUGAGAGUGACAAGGACGAUCUGGGGGAAGAAGGGGACGCACAGCCGCGGCAGCAGCACGAAGGAGAAAACCCCCAAAAGAGACACAAGUGUGGGUAUGAAGAUAAAAUUGAUUUCUCAGACACGAGCGAAGUGAGUGAAAGUAGUGGCAACACAACGGCGUCUUGCCGGAGCGACGAGGCAAAAAGAAAGAAAUUUGUCGGUCGGGAACCCAUCUUUACCGCGGAGGAGAAGCUGCAAAAUGACCCGCUCUUUGAGACACCUGUUGCGGUUCUUCGAAAAUUGCCUCGGAAAACGCGGGGGGUGCAUGAUUGGAUCCAGCGUCUAAUCAACCCAGUGGCCCGAAAGCGGCUUUAUGCCAUUAACUAUUGA